AUGUCUGACGACAAGAAGAACGAAGACUACACAAUCGAGCUCGGCGAGCAAAAAGGAAAUGGGGCCUUUGCUGCCGCUCCUGCCCCAAGGAUGCCUGCAGCUCCCCAGGCCUCGCAGCUGAACAGCCCUGUCAUUGCUAUCCUGGCCUACUGUGGUAGUUCGAUUCUCAUGACCACGACCAAUAAAUACGUUCUCAGCGGUCUUGACUUCAACCUCAACUUUUUCCUCCUCGCUGUCCAGAGUGUCGUCUGCAUUGUCGCCAUUCAGUCAUGCAAGUCUGCCGGCAUCAUCACCUACAGAGACUUCAACAGCGAUGAAGCAAAGAAGUGGUUCCCCAUUUCCCUCCUCCUCAUCGGCAUGAUCUACACCUCGACCAAGGCUCUGCAAUACCUCUCCAUCCCCGUUUACACCAUUUUCAAGAACUUGACCAUUAUCCUGAUCGCUUAUGGUGAGGUUCUGUGGUUUGGAGGCAGCGUCACCGGAACUGCCCUCUUCUCCUUCGGUCUCAUGGUUCUCUCGUCUCUCAUUGCUGCAUGGGCAGACAUUCAGCACGCUCUUACCAGCCACUCGGGCUCGGCUGCCAGCGACAAGAUUUCCACUCUCAACUCUGGUUACAUUUGGAUGGCCCUGAACUGCUUCUGCAGCGCUACCUACGUCCUCGGUAUGCGCAAGCGCAUCAAGUUGACCAACUUCAAGGACUUUGACACCAUGUACUACAACAACCUUCUCUCCAUCCCCAUCCUCCUCAUUUGCUCCCUCUUCCUCGAGAACUGGUCGAGCGCCAACGUCGCCCUCAACUUCCCUGCUGCUCAGCGCAACUCCAUCAUCAUUGCCAUGAUCUUCUCCGGUCUCUCUUCAGUCUUCAUCUCCUACACCUCUGCCUGGUGUGUUCGCGUCACCUCGUCCACCACCUACUCCAUGGUCGGUGCUCUCAACAAGCUGCCCAUCGCUAUUUCCGGCCUUAUCUUCUUCGACGCUCCCGUUACUUUCGCCUCCGUCAGCGCUAUCGGUGUUGGUUUCAUCUCCGGUAUUGUCUACGCUCUCGCAAAGGUCUGGCAGGGUAAGGGCAGCAAACCUACUCUUCCCACCACCGUCACAAGUGCUAGCAGCCAGAGCAUGAAGGACAGCUUCAAGUCAUAG